AUGAAGAUAUCUCUAAAAAGUUAUACUAAUGCUUGGAUUCCUGAAUUGAGGCAUUACGCACCCGGAGUUCCAAUAAUCCUUGUUGGAACAAAGCUAGAUCUUCAUGAUGAUAAGCAGUUUUUAACGGACCAUCCCGGUGCAGUUCCAAUUACAACGGCUCAGGGAGAGGAGUUGAGGAAGCUAAUCGGUGCUCCUGCUUACAUUGAGUGUAGCUCAAAAACACAGCAGAAUGUGAAGGUUGUUUUGGAUGCAGCCAUUAGUGUGGUUCUGCAGCCACCAAAGCAAAAGAAGAAAAAGAAGCGAAAGGGUCAAAAGGGGUGCUCCAUAUUGUGAUUUUGGCCUCAAAAAAGUGAAAAAUCUAGCAUGAGGUGCUAAUUACCUUUCUAAAGUAUUUGAUAAAUUGCUCACUUUUGCUUUUUUCUGUCUCAUGAAAACAAGUUGUGUUGUGCUGAAUAUGAAAUAGACUGGAGGUGUUUGUAAGCUCAUAUGUAUAUUGUUGAGGGUAUUUUUGGUAUU